GUUAACCGACUUUAAGAAAAACGGCACUGAUUUAUCGGAGUUUAGAGGUUUCAUGAAUCGAAUUGCGAGUGCAUACAGAGGCUACGAAGAACCACAGACUGGAUUGUUCUUGUGAAUAAUUCGAGUACAGGUUGAACGGGCGAUUGGAAGAAUGAACAUGUCACAUGGCAAGUGUCAUGCGUGUGGGGACAAUGGUUAUUUUGUUGAAUGCAAAGACGUAAAAUCUGACACCGAGCCUGUGAAAGUGGUGCACGAAGAAGUAAUAGGUUUAAUAACAACUAGUGAGGACCCAGAAUUAUCCAAGGUGAGGCGUCGAGGGUGGUACUUGGCUUCUAGAUGCACGGUGCACGUUUGCAACUCAAGGGACAUGUUUGUGGACUACCAUCCAUGGACUGGUCAUGAGGUGGUUUUGGACAACAAUGAGCAUGUUAAUGUGGAAGGGAUUGGUUCGGUGGUGCUCCGAUUCACCACUGGUAAGAUUUUGACUCUUUCAAAUGUUUUUCACAUCCCCGCAAUCAGGAAAUGCCUCAUGUCUGUCGGCAAACUUACUGACACCGGAUUCAAAAUACUUUUAUGGUCUGGUGGAGCCAUCGUUGAGAAGAAUAAUGAGGUUGUGGGAAGAGGAUACAUCGAGGACGGAUUGUUCCGGCUGAGCAUCACAAAAUUUGACAACGAGCCUGCGAAAGUGGUGCACAAUGAAGUAAUAGGGUUGAUAACUGAUGAGGACCCGGUUUUAUCCAAGAUGAGGCGUCGAGGGUGGUACUUGGCUUCUAGAUGUACGGUGCAUGUUUGCAACUCUAGGGACAUGUUUGUGGACUAUCAUCCAUGGAGUGGUCAUGAGGUGAUUUUGGACAACGAUGAACACGCUGAUGUGGCAGGGAUUGGUUCCGUGGUGCUUCGAUUCACCACUGGUAAGGUUUUGACUCUUUCAAAUGUUUUUCACAUCCCCGCAAUCAGGAAAUGUCUCGUGUCCGUCGGAAAACUUACUGGCAUUGGAUUCAAAGUAACUUUGUGGUCUGGUGGAGCCACCAUUGAGAAGAAUCAUGAGAUAGUGGGAAAAGGAUUCAUCGAGGGCGGAUUGUUCCGGUUGAGCAUCAUAAAACCUGACACCGAGCCUACAAAAGCGGUGCAGAAUGAAGUAAUAGGCUUGGCCAACGACGAUCAUGCUGAUGUGACAGGGAUCGGUACAGUGGUGCUUCCACUCUCAACGGGUAAUGUUUUGACUCUUCCAAAUGUCAUUCACACCCCCGCAAUUAAUAAGAAUCUACUAUCCAUUGGCCAACUUGCUUACACUGGAGUCUCAACUGUAUUUUGGAGUGAGGGAGUCACCAUUGAGAAGAAUCACGAGAUCCUGGGAAAAGGAUACAAGAAAGGCGGUUUGUACCUGAUGAGCACGCACGCAUGGGAGUGAGGAGUGAUGGUUUAGGUCUUGGCAAGUUGGCUACUAAUCAUGUCGGUUUUUUCGUCGUAAAAUGGUUGCAUAGAAACUAAGAGAUAUGUUAUAUUUUGCAUAGAAACUAAGAGAUUACCUUUAUCUUUGUUUUCUUCAACCUCCUUCAGUAAGUCAUUUGGUCAUAUACUAGAUAUUUUCAAACUUCCUUAUUUUUUAACAUUUUUAAUUUUCCAAAUCA